UUUUCUCUCCCACAAACAGAUUUUCUUCGUCACUGGCACACUGCUCAAAUUUUCAGUGAAAAAGAAUGGGUUAGGUUUUCACAUUUGGCGGGAAAGCAGGGGAAGGAGAGUGAGAGUGAGAGAAAUGGCGAACAUGGUAAUCAGCGAGAUGGACCUGCCCAGGUGGAUCGCCAACAUAUUCGCAGCUCGUAACAUCAUCACCGCCAAGGAUGCGUUAUCUUUAACUGAAUUUGAGUUGAUGGAGUUCUUAGAUGUGGGGUUGGCAGAAGUAGCAUCUGCAGUAGCGCACAUCAGUGAAAUCGUGUGUCCACCAUAUCAAACAGCAUUAUCUCUGAUGGAGCAGCGGGUUCAAAAUGAGCACUUGGCUGGCCAUCUUCCCACACGUCUGAAAGGAUUAGACGAAGCCUUAUGUGGUGGAAUACCAUUUGGUGUUUUGACAGAGUUGGUUGGUCCAGCAGGAAUCGGCAAAACACAAUUUUGCUUAAAGCUCUCUUUAUUGGCUUCGCUACCUGUGAGUUAUGGAGGCUUAGAUGGUCGUGUAAUAUAUAUUGAUGUAGAAUCCAAAUUUAGUUCAAGAAGGAUGAUAGAAAUUGGAAUGAAAAGUUUCCCGGAAAUAUUUCUCAUGAAAGGCAUGGCACAGGAGAUGGGUGGUAGAAUCCUUGUUUUGCAUCCGACAUCAUUGUCUGAGUUCACAGAGAGUCUGCAACAAAUCAAGGUUUCACUCCUCCAACAUCAAGUGAAGUUGCUAGUAAUUGAUAGCAUGGCUGCUCUUGUUUCAGGGGAAUAUGAGCAAGGGGCGCCCAGGCAACAUGCAUUGGGUUGGCAUGUUUCUUUUAUCAAGUCACUUGCUGAAUUUUCACGAAUUCCUAUUGUGGUGACAAAUCAAGUGAGAUCUCAAAGCCGUGAUGAGGCCUGCCAGUAUUCUUUUCAAGUGCAAAGCUGGGAUGAAACCAAAGAUGAUCGCAUGAGAUAUGACUCUCAUCUUGUUGCUGCUUUGGGAGUUCACUGGGCUCAUGCUGUGACAAUUCGUCUUGUGCUUGAAUCUAAAUCAGGUCAGAGGUUUAUCAAGGUGGCAAAAUCUCCAAUAUCACCACCUCUGGUUUUCCCUUUUAACAUAACUUCAUCAGGGAUGUCAUUGCUAAGUGAUGAUGGAUUUGAGCUGACAGGGCCAGAUAUAAGCACAAUUCACUGUCAAGGCCACAAUGACAUUAUCAAUUUUGUCGGGGAAAGCUUGCAGUGAUCAAUCAGGACAGAAGCUGCACUGGUAAAAUUUUAGGUUUCAAAAAUAGUGAGAAUAAUUGUCUGGAUAUAUCUAUACAUACAUGUUGCUCUACAGUCUACUGAUGAUCCUGUUGAAAUGGGCCGAAAGUUAAGGGAGAUAGAUGCCCACAACUGCCACCCAUGUCAGUCUAAGCCUGAGCGAAAGUUUCAUGUCGUUUCUCUAGUAAUCUGAGAGAGAAUUGGAUUUGUUUAGACAAUGUAUAGUUAGUAAACAAUUUUUGCAGUGGCUAGUAAAUUUUGUUCAAACGGCAAUAGAAUGGUUGUUCUUUUCUCUUUU